AGCGGAAGCGCGGGAGACUGAAAACCCAAACAACGGAGCCCUGACAGCAAUGUGAACUGUGUGUUGCUUUACAUUUACGGAAUAUAACAUUUCAUAAGAAGCCGGAUUCAAGGUGAUACUGAUUCUACAGUGGCAGGAUGGCAGACGACUUCAGCCAAUCCCUCACCCCUCCAGUUUCUCCUUUCCCCCCUGACAGCUUCUGUGAUAUGACUCCAGCUCGUCCUCCAUGCUUCUGCUGCUCUGAAACAAAGGAGGACCCCACUGGAGCACUCUCCCCCCAUGGCUAUGCUGUCGGAGGCUCUCUGAAACGGCUGCUGCUGCGCCUCGAUCCGGCCCCCGCAGAGUAUGAAACGGACACAGUGGAGAUCUUUGGUUUCCCCUGGGUCACAGAGACAGCAUUGGUGGAAUCCACAAAGCUACUCUUUGGUUUGUUCAGGCAGAAAGUCUACAGGCUGGAGUCCUUGGUGCAGUCCAGCUCACAUGACUUUGGUCAAGCAGGCAACCUCCACUAUGAAGCCGAGGACCUGAGACAGCAGUGUGUUUCAUUUCUCCAGUAUGUAAAGGUCUUCCUGCACAGAUUCUUCGAACCCACUUGCUCCCUGGAUACGAGUGAUUCUCACCCCUAUGAGGAGCUGGAGGCUCAGCUCCCCUCCGCUCUGCUGGAGGAGGUUUUUGGCAUCACGCUCCUCGUUGGACGGCUCAAAGACCUGCCUGCCAAUGUUCAGAGUGCCUUCACUAUAGCUAACCCGGGAAAGAUUUUUCCUCCCUCUUGGCAUUUGUUGCACCUUCAUCUUGACGUCCACUGGUCGGUCUUGGAGAUCCUUCACAUACUAAGUCACAAGAUGCAAGGCCAGGUGGUGUACGCCCACCAGUUUGUGAACCUGACGGGAGAGAACCUGACCGAUAGCAGUCUGUUUGAGGAGCACCUGUGCAGUCUGCUGUGUGACCUCACUGUUCUGGCCAUGGGCAAAUACAGCAAGGUGAGGCCUACGGAGGCCCUGAGCAGCCAUCACUACCUCUGCUCCUGCACCAAAGAGCUGUGGGUCCUGCUCAUGCACCUGCUGGAGUACAGGAACAAAGUGUUGCACACACAGUCCUUCUGGAGCUACAUGAACUCAUUGUUGAGGCCCCUGGUUUCUGGGAAGCCAGCAGCAGAGCAGUUCAGCGGGCUCCCCACGCACUGUAAGGACCCUCUGGGACUCACAUGGUGGCUGCUCACUCAUGUGGCCAUGUUGGGGCAGUACAGUCGUAGCGGCACUCUCCAGCACGAGAAACAUCUGGGGGAAAAUUGGACCUUUGUGGAAGAGUUGCUCAAGUUGUCCUGUAAGCCCAAGGGAGGUGUAGCAGAGGAGCAGGUCAGGAUGCAUGUCCACUGCUGUCUCAGUGUCUGUCUGCUGUGGGACCCGAGCACCAGCGCUGUCUCCACCCUCUGGGACUACUACAGCAGGAAUCUGAGCGCUUCCUUCACUGUACCCUGGCUCGGCGUGUCUGGCAUGGGCACCCUGUGCAAGACGUCCCUGGCUCUGUUCGAGCAGGCCCGCAGCUGCUGCUCCCCCGCUCCCCUCCACUCUCCAGGACACACCCAGCUCUACCGCUCAGCCAACUCCUUCCACCUCUUCCUCCGAGUGCUGGCCCUGUGCCUUGCCCAGGACCGGGCGGGGGGGGCCCCACAGAGACAGAUCAAAGGAAGGAUUUAUUCCAAGUUCUCCUCUAAGAAGAUGCAGGAGCUUCCAGAGGCUGGCCUCAUGAACUUCCUGCUGCUGUUCCUGGUGGUGGCCAGGCAAAUGGAGCUGGAGGACGUGGCCAGCAGAGCCUGUGAGCUGCUGGGUUACCUUCCCUCCAACUGCCCCCCCGGGCACCGCACCCUGGUCUGGAGGGGACAGCUAGCACUGCUCUUGUUAUUCCAGGAGAGGGGUCUGGAUGUUGGAGCCCAGGCUGGCUGGCUGGCCUCCUCCUUCAAUGAGACUGCCAAAGAGUUCUACGAUAAGACCACAGAUGCGUCUCGUAGGCUCGCCCUCUGGGGGCCCCUCGGCUCCUACCUGGAGGGCGUGGCUGAAGUGUUUGAAACGAGCAGCAGCCUCAACCUAUCGGAGGAGAAGCUGCUCAACGAAGGUUUUGAUUGGCUGUUGCCUGCGUGCCACCUCUCUGAGCUGAAUUCUGCCCUGGGCUUCCUGCAGAUCGUCCUCUCCCAGCUCAGGCGGGUCCAUCAGCGCAGUGUCCAGUCAGCCCCCGCCUCGGCUUGGGCUCCGGGUAACGGCAGUGUGGUGAAAGAGCGCCACCUAGCGGUAGCAGCAGCACUUUGGGCGCACUUCUUCUCCUUCCUGCGCAGCCUACGCCUCUCACAGACCCCCCCCGCACAGCUGGCAGACGCUGCUGCAGGCUUCACGCUGUUGGCCUUUGAUCUGCCUGGCUCUGCCCCCCAGGACCUUCAGCCCAACCCGGUCCAGUCCAUCAUGCAAUGCUUCGGCUGGGACGACAUGGUUCAGCCCGUCCUGGUGACUCGCUACCUUCCCCAUCUGCUCCAAAACAGUGAGCUGGUGUCCUCACUGAGCAGAGACUCAGUGGUGUCCGGCUCGGCACAGAGCCUGUCAGUGAGGGCCUGGUUCCGCUGCGUCCUCCAGCAGCACCUCCACAAGAACCCCGACGGGUCCGACAGCAGGACAGGCCGGGCCGUGGAGGAGCAGCUGUUGGAGCUGACCCGGCUGGUGCUGAGGCUUCCUGAGGUGGAGGGUCUUCUGCAGAGAGCCGGCCUGCAGCCCCCUGCCUCCAGGACAGAGCCCACUGCAGCCCUGGAGAUAUUUGUCAAGGCUGUAGGGGGGGUGUACAGUGGUCUGCAGGUCCUGUCUGAGCGCUCAGCCAUGGUGACCAGAGCCCUGGACUACAUUGGUGACAUCAUGAAGCACAUCAAACCCUCUCUGGUCAGCAAGAGUCAGGAGGGGCUGCAGCUGGCCUACUGGGCUGUCGGCUGCAUAGUGAAGCACUGGAGCCCCCUGCUGGCCACCUCUAAAGCCCAGCAGCUGCUGUUCAGAAUAGUGGACGGGCUGCUGCUCCCCCACAACCUCACACAGCAGGACAAAGCGCUGAGGGACAGCCUGCCUCUGUAUCUACAGGGUCUGUCGGUGGCCUCCUGUGUGUCUCAGUCGCAGGGCGCCUACCUGAAGCAGCAGCUCCGCUCGGUCACCCGCAGAUAUCUGGACCACUUCCUCCCCGCCUCCCCCUCCAUGGGUGUCAUCUCCAACCACCCAGUGCUCCUGGGGGCCUGCGAGGCUAACCCUACCCCCCGAGGAGCGGCGCUGAGGAAGACCAUCCUGGAUGUGCUCUGCACGAGCUUCCUGCAGUUUAAAGGUCACGCCCCCCCUCCACGACUGGCAGCAGUGCUCAUGUUCCUGUUGGAGCUCCUGAGGAGAAACAGUGACUCAGACCCUGCCCUCCUCACUGUGCCCCUCCCCUCUCUGCUGCGCUGUGUGAUGCUGGUCAACGAGCCGCAGGUGAGGAAGACGAGCACAGACGCCUUACAGCUGGUGGUGGAGCGGUGUGCCGCUGCAUCUACAGAGGGACCGAGUGACCAGAUGAUCACUGUCUUAGGGUCGUUUGUGGGGGAGAACGAGGGGGUCUACGACAGGCAGGUAUACAGUGUGCUGGAGACGGUGGCUGUGUUAGAUCCCUCUGUGGUCCAAGCUCUCAUUCCCAACCUGUCCAUCAGUCUAAGAAACACUGAGCACAAGAGAGGGCUGGGCAGGAACAUCGCCUUGAGAACUGCUUAUAUGAAGCUGCUGUGCCUCCUUGGAGAGAGUGGGCAGGCAGAAAUAACCAGUCUAGAAGCUGAAUAAACUGUUUUCAGAAAAAGGACCAGCUCCACCCCUUGUCGCCAGCCACAAGAACAACGUGUUUGUCAGACCAGACUACUUUUUGUGUCAAAUGUUCCUUAUUUGGUCAUGGGAAAAUGCAUUGCUGUGCUGCUUGCAAACUAUUAGGGUUUGGCAUAUUUCCUCAGCUGAGUUAAUGUGGAAACCUAUUCUUCUGGUGCAGUUUGACUGAAAAAACAGCAAAGAUACAUACAACUGUGAAUGUUCAAAAAUGCCUUAUCAGCUGUACUUAAAGGGACACUUAACGCCAACAGCAAAAUAUGGAUUUGUUUCUCUUUCCUGUAAUGUAGUUUGAUGUAGGGACUUUUUUAUUUCUAACAAACUUAACCCGCCAACUGAAUCACUGUGCUAAAGGAAGCUAACCGCUACUGCCAUUUCACCUAGCGCGCUGACUAACGUUGUCGGUGUAGCUAGCUCAGCGCGCACACUUCUUUCUGCGCAAUUAUAUGAAAAGCAUUCCGUAAAAACUAAAAAUAAUCUACGCUCACAACAAUGUCUGUGGAUUCUCUUGCGUAAUUGGUAAUGAUUUCUGAAACACACACACUCAGGAAUGAUAAAUAGAACUACAGGUAAGAGUGUAUUUUUGAAAUGUCCCUUUAAACAAUCCCAUAUCAACUACUUGAAGGGACAGUAAUCCACAGCAUCAAAAGCAAAAUGUCUCCUAUCCUAGUACAGUUUAAUGUAAGGACUAUUUUAUAUAUUUACUUAAUUUCACCCGCCAACUGUAUCACUGCAGAAAGAAAGAAGGAAGCUACAUUAAUGCCAUUUCACCUAGCGCGCUAAACUAGCUAACGUUUUAGAUGUAGCUAGCUUAGUGUGCAAGUCUAAAGAUUAUGUCGAGUAACUGGGUAAAGAUUCCUGAAAGACGUUGCUGUUGAGUUUUAAAUGUAUUUUUUGGCCAUUUGACACUUAAAGUAAUAAGAAACAUGUAUGUUUGAUCAUUGGGUGCCCUGUAGUUAAGAGUGUCCAUUUAUGCAUGAGCCUCCAAUCAUAGAAUGUAAGCAUAAUAUCACUAGUUUGUAUAUAAUGUACAUGUUGUAAAAAAGUUGCAGCUCUGCAUUUUGGCAGACGUGUUUAAUAAUUAAUUAAAUAAAAUGUGACAAUAAAAAGGAAUAUGCUCACUUAC